UAGAGAGUAGACAAUAACACUUGCACUUGCCUGUCAUAAAUGUGAUAUCUAUUGUCAGUGUCGUUUAUUGUUGAUAAUUGGAAGGAAUAAUAAUGAUUUUUUCAUGAUACCUUACAAAUAUUAAGAGUGCACAAUGUCAGAGCCAAGCUUCACUGAUUGUGCCAGUGAUACAGAGAGCAUUGAAGAGGAGAUUGAACCAAAGCUGAAGUAUGUUAGGCUAAUAAAUGAUUUGAAAAAUAUCUUGUCCAAAGAUGCAGCUAGUUGUAUAGCAGUUCACACCAAAUUUAUAUGUUUGGGGUCGCAUUGGGGCGCAGUGCAUGUGCUGGACCAUGAUGGGAAUUUAAUCAAGAAUGUUCAGUUGAAGCCACAUGCAGUGGCAGUGAAUCAAAUAUCAAUUGAUGUUAAAGGGGAUUACAUAGCUACCUGCUCCGAUGAUGGCAAAGUCUUUGUGCAGGGCCUCUAUUCCAAAGACAACAACCACAAUUUGAAUAUAGGUAGACUGAUGAAAACCGUGGCUUUAGACCCAAAUUACUUUAAACCUUCAUCUGGCCGUCGGUUCAUAACAGGCGAUGAUAAGCUUACGCUUUACGAGAAGACUUUCUUGAGUCGUUUGCGAUCCACCGUUCUGUGCGAGAGCGAAGGAUUCGUGAGGAGCCUUUGCUGGGGAGAGAAUUUCAUCGCUUGGUCAAGCGAUAUAGGCGUUAGAGUGUAUGAUAUCAAUGCUAGAUGUUCUCUGGGUUUGAUUAAAUGGGAAGAACAUCCUGGAAUUUCUUUGGAGAAUUUUCGUUGUAACCUGAGAUGGGCAGACAGUCGGACCCUGCUCAUCGGAUGGGUGGAUACUGUUAGAGUUUGCGUCAUCCGCAAGCGAAGCACAAUGGAAUUGGCUAACAGCGAUUUACCAGAAUACUUGGUAGAUCCAGUAUCCACCUUCCAGACAGAGUUUUAUAUAAGCGGUAUAGCUCCGUUGGACCAUCAGUUAGUCUUGUUGGGCUUCCCCAAGGAACUCGACGAAGACAAUAAAUCGUUGAGACCUCAGCUGUACAUAGUAGAAUAUCGUGAUAAUGACUACACCGAUGUGUGCACAGAUUACCUGUCUCUGCGUGGUUAUAAAGAGUACACGGUUAACGACUACAACCUGGACGUGCUAAUAGAAGAGAAUAGAUUCUUCAUUGUGGCUCCCAAAGAUAUAGUUAUAGCAAGUCCUUACGAUUUAGAUGAUAGAAUCCACUGGCUUAUCCAACAUAGUAAAUACGAAGAAGCGUUGACAGCUAUAACGAACGCAAACACCAGGGAAAAUAAAAAGUAUACCAUCGAAAACGUCGGCAUAGCGUACUUAGAUUACUUGUUAAGUAGGAAGCUCUAUGAUACCGCCGGUAAGCUUUGCUUCAAGAUUUUUGGAAAGAACAAAGGGAUGUGGGAGGAGGAAAUAUUCAAAUUCGCAACCGUUCAUCAACUCCGGUCAGUCAGUCCCUACAUUCCACAAAGUCUCGAUUGCAAACUAGACAAGCAUAUAUACGAAAUGGUUUUGUAUGAAUACUUGAAGAUGGAUUCACAUGGAUUCCUUAAAUUAGUCAAAGAAUGGAAUCAUCAAUUAUAUAAUACUAGUGCAAUGAUUAACGCUGUUUUGGAGCAUCUAUUGAUAUGUGAAAUCGAUAAAAACUUAUAUCUGGAAGCGUUGGCUUGUCUCUACAGCUACGAAAGACAAUACGAUAAAAGUUUAUCCAUGUAUCUUACCUUAGAGAAUAAGGACGUAUUUAACUUGAUCCAAAAACAUAAUCUGUACAAUAUCGUGGAUAACAUGAUCGUCGAGUUAAUGAAUUUGGAUCAGGGCAAAGCGAUCGCUUUAUUCCUAGAGAAAAACAGAAUUCCGAGCGAAGUUGUCGUCGCGAAAUUGGCCGACCAUGCGAUGCUUUUAUACAAAUAUUUAGAUGAAUUCGAUAAAACGGAUUCGAAGAACCAAUACCACGGGCAGUUAGUGAAACUGUAUUCCAUCUUCGAUAGAGACAAGCUGUUACCUCUUUUAAAACGCUCCAAGCAUUAUCCCAUACAGGAAGCUCUAGAUAUAUGCGUGAAAGCGAAAUACUAUCCCGAAAUGGUGUUCUUAUUAGCUAGAAUCGGCGAUACGAAGGAGGCGUUAGAGUUGAUAAUCAAUGAACUGAAAGACAUGCAGUACGCUAUUACGUUCUGCCAGCAGCAGAAUGAUCCGGAUUUGUGGAACGAUUUGAUCAACCAUUCACUUGACAAGCCAGAAUUCAUUACAUUCCUGCUGCAAAGUCUAGGCACCUACAUGGAUCCGACGGUGCUCAUAAAGAAAAUACAACCAAAUAAAGAGAUUCCCGGACUGAAGAACUCUUUAGUGAAAAUGCUCUGCACGUAUAACUUGCAGGUGUCAUUUCAAGAAGGUUGCAAAAAAAUUCUCGUCUCCGACUACUUCAAUCUGCACAACAAACUGGUCAGAACUCAGCAGCGAGGCGUGAACGUGUCCGAUCAAAUGUUUUGCGGCGCAUGUCAUAGGAAGAUUUUACAAACCGACCAUUCGAGACGUGAUAGCAUAAUAGUCUUCAAUUGCAAGCACUCCUUCCAUGAGCGAUGUCUUCCGGACGAUUUGGAAGUUACGAAUUGCGGCAUAUGCCACGAAACACCCACCAACUAUCACAUUUUCAGCGAUUAAGCUACACUGUGCAUGUUCCGAUCCACCCAGGAAGUAAUGUUGGAACCGGCGUUGACGCCGUCCACAUCGAAUUGAGAUGCAACGUGGAC